AUGCCAUGUGAAAAGUGCGAAAAGAAGCUGAAAAAGCUUCCAACCCCGGACGUAAAGAAGAGCUCAAGCAGGUCUUAUGGAGGGAAUAAACUGCUAGAGUACAAAAACAACAAGCAAAAAUUUAACCCCAACAAGAGCAAGUGCAAAAAGUGCAACAGCCAACUGCACUUUGAUGGAAAAUACUGUUCUACAUGCGCCUACAAAUUGGGUAAAUGCCAUUUGUGCGGAAAAACCAUAUCGGACAACUCGGCCCACAACAUGUCCAUCAUUUAG